AUGGAGGUGAAACAAAUUGACAUUGACGAUGUGAUCUCCAAGUUGACCUUGGAGGAGAAAGCAUACCUUACCAGCGGUUCGGACUUCUGGCACACUUUCCCAGUCCACCGUCUUGGUAUCCCUUCCUUAAGGUUCUCUGACGGUCCUUAUGGUGUCAGAGGUACCAAGUUCACCGACGCGGUUCCUACGGCUUCAAUUCCAAGUGGUACGGUUUUGGCGUGUUCCUGGAACAAGGAGUUGAUGUACGAGCUUGGUAAGAUGAUGGGAGAUCAGGCGCGUGCUAAGGGUGCCCAUGUUCUUUUGGGACCUACCGUCAACAUGGCUAGAAGCCCAUUGGGCGGCAGAAGUUUCGAGUCUUUUGGCGAGGACCCCGUUUUGACCGGUCUUUUGGCCUCGGCCUUGUCGCAGGGUGUCAAGGACAGAAAGGUCAUGAUCUGCCCAAAACACUUGGCCUGUAACGACAAGGAGGACAAUCGUAUGAAUAUGAACGUGGAGCUCUCCGAGCGUGCUCUCAGAGAAAUCUACAUGCUUCCAUUCAUGAUUGUGCAGAAGUACAACGACCCAGAGUCGUACAUGACUGCUUAUAACAAGAUCAGAGGAAAGCACGGUGCUGAAAACGAGUACUUGAUGAGGGGCAUUGUCGAGAAGGAGUGGGGCUUCAAGGGAUGUUUCAUGUCCGACUGGUUCGGAACUGUUUCCACUGCCGACAGUAUCAACGCUGGCUUGCACCUUGAGAUGCCUGGUCCUCCAAUCUGGAGAGGCCGCCUUGUGGAAAACUGCGUUAGUCACAGGACCAUCACUGAGGAGUCCUUGAACGAGGCCGUUAGAGGUGUUUUGACCUUGGUCAACGGUGCUGCUAAGUCUGGUAUUCCCGAAAACGCUCACGAGGGCCAGCUCCAUAACAAAGAGGUCAUUGCUCUCAACCGCCAGGCCGCCAAAGAAGCACUCGUGUUGUUGAAAAAUGAGGGCAUUCUUCCUUUGCAAAAGAAGAAGGUCUUGCUCAUUGGUGAAUCUGCCAAAAAGGCCAACUACUGCGCUGGUGGUGCUUGUACUGUGAACGCUUACCAGACUGUGUCUUUAUAUGACUCUUUGGUCGAAAAUCUCGGAGAAUCAAACGUCGACUGGGUCAUUGGUGCUCCAAACAGAAAGGUGUUCCCAUCUUUGGCUAUUUAUGCCACGGAGAAGUCCAAAAAGCCCAUAACCUACCGUACCUACGACGAACCAAGAUCCGUGAAGGACCGUAAGGCUCUCAGUGAAUUGGCCGUUCCAGAGGUCAAUGUCAUGAUGUUCGAGUACGACCCUGCCAGCAUCAGACCAGGCCACCAUUUGCAUGCCACAUUCCUGGUGACCAUCAAUGUUCCUGAAUCUGCGAAGUACAAAUUCAACUUGAAGGUUGGUGGUACUGCCCGUGUUUUGAUCGACGGUGAGGUCGCCGCUACUCAUAUCAACGAUUACGAGUCUUCCAGUGACAUGGGUAAUAACGCCCCAGAGAUUUACGAGGAGGUCUACUUGGAAACUGGCAAGGACUACUUGUUUGAGGUUGACUUUGAGAGCACCUCUGGCAAGGGUGGAAUGCUGACUGGCUCCUUGCGCUGUGGUCUUGAAAAGGCUGUUGCUCCUGAAGAAUACAUCAAGGAGGCCACCGAGCUUGCCAAGAAGUACGAGCAGGUCGUCGUCGUCACUGGUCUCAACAAGGACUUUGAGACUGAGGGUAUUGACCGCUCCACCAUGGACAUGCCACCUUACCAGGACCAGCUUGUAGAGUCUGUCUUGGAGAGCAACCCCAACGCUGUCGUCAUCAUUGAGAGCGGAACUGCGGUCACCCUUCCUUGGGCAAACAAGGCCAAGGCUCUCUUGCACUCUGGUUACCUCGGUGAGGAGCUCGGAAAUGCCAUUUUCGAUGUUAUCUUUGGUGACUACAACCCAAGCGGAAAGCUCACAUUCACUUGGCCAAAGAGAUAUGAGGACAACUCAUCUGCCACAAGCUUCGAACUUGAUAAGAGCUUCUCCUUGACCUACCUCGACGACAUCUACAUGGGCUACCGCCACCACGACAUUAGUAAGAUCGAGCCAUUGUUCGCUUUUGGCCACGGUCUUUCCUAUACUACCUUUGAGUUCGACAACCUUAAGGUCGAGGUUGGCGACGACACUAUUGAGUUGGCUGUUGAUGUGAAAAACACCGGUAAGACCGAUGGCUCUGCUGUGGUUCAGGCUUACGUCCUGCCUAAGAGCUCUUCUGUCCCUAACGCUGUCAAGUGUUUGAAGGGAUUCACCAAGGUUUUCUGCAAGGCUGGCUCCUCGACAACGGCUAAGGUAAGCUUGGACAAGAAGUUGGCUUGUUCCUUCUACAACACCAACAUCAAUCAGUGGACUUUGGAGGCGGGUGAUUACGAUGUCGCUAUCGGUUCUUCGAGUGACAAGCUUGAGGUUACCAAGACCUUCAAAAUUGAAAAGAGUGCCAACUGGAUUAAGCUUUAG